CAUUCCCAAUUAAUGGACAAUAUAUUUCAAAACAAAUUCUGCGUAAAUAGUAACAAUGCAUAUAUUAAGAACUCCUCGGAUAUAUUUUCAAAAGUGCAUGAAAUACAAAAUGCACAGCUGGUGGAUCGUUGUCUUAGAUCAAUGAAUCUAUAAGAAAUCAAGAAAAAAAAAUCUUGUGACUAGUUUAUUAUUAUCGUAUAAUAAUUGAUUAUAACUAAUUUGUAAUGAAAUCCAUAAUUAAAAAAAAAAAAGUUUCUUCCAGGCCUGAUGAUUGUCCAAUAGGCAGGGGUAUUUUAUCUGGAUUACAAUGCCCAGGCUUGGGCCUAGUCCCAACUCUUUAAAAUUCGUGGCAUGACGUCAUCCGAAAGCCGGUUCUGUUAAAAAUAAGGAACAGACAUGCCAAGUAACGUAUCCGCUUAUCCAUUACACUCGUAACCUUUAUAAUCCCCUCGCCUACGCAAGCGCCUCCAUGCGGCGUUUUUUGUUCUUCGUUUCCUGCUUUGGGUUGUUCGCUUUGAUUGCCAUAACGUACGCGUGGCUCGCGUUUCCGCCGCAUAUCGGACGCACGGAUCAUGUGUCCUCUUCUUCCCUAGGUUGCAGAGAGGAUAACGAGGGUUCCUGGUCCAUUGGCGUUUUCUAUGGCGAUUCUCCCUUCACUCUCAAACCCAUCGAAACCAUUAAUGUAUGGAGGAACGAGAGUGCAGCAUGGCCUGUAGCUAAUCCAGUUUUAACAUGUGUCUCCUUGACCAAUUAUGGCUUUCCAAGCAACUUUGUAGCUGGUCCAUUUCUCUAUGUACAGGGUGAUACUCUUUACAUGUUCUUUGAAAAUAAAAACCCCAUUACAAUGCAAGGGGACAUAGGAGUUGCACAAAGUACCGACAAAGGAGCAACUUGGAAACCUCUCGGUAUAGCUCUGGAUGAGCCUUGGCACUUAUCUUUUCCUUUCGUCUUCAAUUACAACGAACAAAUAUACAUGAUGCCGGAGAGCAACCAGAUAGGAGAGCUUCGUCUCUACCGUGCUGUUAACUUCCCUUUAACUUGGAAGCUAGAGAAAGUCAUCUUACAAAAGCCGCUUGUUGAUUCCACCAUACUCCACCACCAAGGAAACUAUUGGCUAUUUGGAUCAGAUCAUAGUAGUUUCGGACAUCUAGAAAUUUGGUACAGCGCCACUCCUCUUGGCCCAUGGAAGCCACACAAGAAGAAUCCUAUCCACAACGGGGCACGAAACGGAGGGAGAGCGUUUUUACAUAAAGGUAAUCUCUACCGUGUUGGUCAAGCUUCCAGUGAGAGUUAUGAGAAAAAAAUACGCAUUUAUAAAAUAGAGGUUCUUUCUAAGGAAGAGUAUAGAGAAGUCCAAGUCCCCUUUGAUUUAGAAACGUCACAUAAAGGUCAAAACUCUUGGAACGGAGUUAGGCAGCAUCGCUUCGAUGUGUUACAGCUAAGCUCUGGCGAAUACAUUGGUCUUGUUGAUGGUGACCGUGUAACAUCAGGUGAUCUGGUUUUUAGGGUUUUUCUAGGGUCUGCUUCUCUCGCAGGUGCUAUUACACUUGUUGUGUUGCUAGGGUUUUUUCUUGGGAUCUUGAACUGCAUUGUUCCAUCAACCUGGUGUGUGAAAUACUACAAAGGAAAAAGAACCGAUGCGGUCUUGAACUUGGAGACAACAAGUUUUGUGUCUGAACAGUUAAGAAGGAUGUGUUCUAGGUUAAACCGAGUACCGCCUUUUCUCAGAGGACUUGUGAAACCUAACUCCACGUUUGGAAGAUUGACACUAGGUUUGUUAUUAGUUCUAGGAGCUUUGCUCACAUGUGUAGGGAUUAGUUAUAUAAACGGUGGAAGCGGAGCGGUGUUGCCUUACACAUUAAAAGGUCAUGUAUCUCAGUUCACGUUAGCAACUAUGACGUACGACGCACGUCUCUGGAACCUAAAAAUGUACCUGAAGCAUUACUCUCGAUGUCCAUCAGUAAAAGAGAUCCUCGUCAUAUGGAACAAAGGACCACCUCCUGAACUCACCGAGCUAGACUCGGCCGUGCCAGUUAGAAUCCGAGUCGAGAAGCUGAACUCUCUAAACAACAGGUUCAAUAUCGACCCGUUGAUUAAAACAAGAGCUGUUCUUGAGCUUGACGAUGAUAUAAUGAUGCCUUGUGAUACCAUCGAGAAAGGGUUUAGAGUGUGGAGAGAGUAUCCGGAGAGACUUGUUGGAUACUACCCGCGUUUUGUUGAUGAGACAAUGAGUUAUAGUGCUGAGAAGUUUGCGAGAAGUCAUAAUGGAUACAAUAUGAUUCUCACUGGAGCAGCGUUUAUGGACGUUGGUUUCGCGUUUGGUUUGUAUCAGUCGGAGAAGGCGAGGCUUGGUCGAGAGUUUGUGGACGAGCAGUUUAAUUGUGAAGACGUUUUGUUGAAUUUUUUGUAUGCUAAUGUGAGUGGUUUGGUUAAGGCUGUGGAGUAUGUGAGACCGUCUUUGGCUAUUGACACUUCGAAAUUUUCUGGUGUAGCGAUCAGUGGAAACACGAAUGACCAUUACAGGAAGAGAAGCAAGUGUCUUAGGAGAUUCUCUGAUUUGUAUGGGAGUUUGUCUGAUAGGAGAUGGGAGUUUGGUGGGAGAAAAGAUGGGUGGGAUUUGUAGAAAAAUGAGUUGUUACUUGUAUGGCAAGUAAAUCCUUACCUCAACUAGAACACGAAGCAGUCUUCUUACAAGAAUGAAGUUAACUUCGCCGUUGCUAGAAGCAUCGGCUUUAACGUCUCCUUUUGCAGCACUAAACGUCCAUGUUUUGGCAAAAAACACUACCUUUUCAACUUAGCUCUCUUGGUUCAAGUCUUGUCUACUUUUUUUUUCGGUUUUUCUAAAAACAAAAUGUAAAUAUAUUCUUAUGAAUGUGUUUUGUUUUAUAUUUUUAAAAUAUUCAUUUUGCAUUUAUUAAAUUUAGAUUUAAACAAAAUGCAAAUAUAUUCUUAGGAGAUUUAACGAUUGAAUUAUUAACGUAUCUUUUGCAAAUUCCUCUAAAUUUUUGAUUAAAUUUAAGUUACAUAUAUCUACAUGAAUAAAAAAAAAUAUUAGAUUUGAUUUGGGUCAAAUAAAAAUUUAAUUGAAAUGGAAAGAGAAUAGAGAUUGCGUUCCUCAGUUCGGAUCGACACGAAUAUUUGCAAUUUACUCAUCUCCUAGCCUGUAUUUUGUGUACUUUUUGCCAUUAAAAGCCUAGUUUUUUCAUCUAUUCGUGACAAAAUUUGCUUAUCAAAUACUAAGUAAAUAAGAAAUUGUGGUACAUACCAAGCAAUUUAUAUCGUUGCUCAAAGAGGGAGGGACUGAAUCGAGAAUGGCACUAAAAGAUGUACCCGUAACUUCACAGCUACAUAAGCUGCAACGUUAACUGGGUCUUUCUUCUAAAUGAUACUUCAAAACUAUUAAACUAGUAAUUAGAGAACAUUUCAUACCAAAGUCGUGAUUUAACCAAAAUUUUAAGCUACUAUAGUAACAUUUUACAAAUGGACCCAUAACCUUACAGCUCUCUAUGAUCAAAAUUUUAAUCAACUUAUAUUCAACAUAGAUGAUAAACAGAAUCGUGUGGGAGUUUUAGUAAAACAUUUUAAGAAACCACGAAUCUAUUGUUUGUAAAGCGAUUUAUAAAUAGCAGGAGCUAUUAUAUUUGUUAAAAUACUGUAACAUUCUCUUCUAAAAUUCUUUUUUAGUAUAAGAGCAACCAUACUAUUGUCUCCCAUGUUUCCACUAAUAUUGUAGACUCAUUGGACCACAAUUUUCUAUUUUCAUGUAAGGCUCCAGUCUUUGAAGUUUGAACAACAACAAAAAUGUAAAUAAGACUCCCCUAUCUAAAACAAUGAUACUGUAUAUGCAUUCAAAGGUAAUGUCAGAGAGUUUGACAUUUCACCCAUCUAUAUACAAGACAUGCCUAUAAACUGAACACAUGAAAUUUAUUGCUCGCUCUUACUCAUAAAUGGGUAAACCACACCAAUGCAAAUCUGUCAAAAAGUAAAUGCAAACAACUAUAAAUAUACAAAUCUGUUCGACACUGUUCAAAAAAUCUACCUAUACACCAAUUAUUGGUCA